UAGGAAAGGCGCGUCACUUCCUUGCCCAUCCCAGUGGGGAAAAAAAAAGAAAUAUUAGAAAGAAGCAAACGACGUUUGGAAAGAGCGAGAAAAGAACGUAAAGAUAGGGUAAGAAGGCCAGAUGAAAAGCAGGAUAGAGAGGAGGGCGGAAGCGAAUCACAAACAUAAACACAGAAAAUUACCAUGCCUCUCCAUAAGUCUGCACGGGCGCGCUUAGACCCCACCAUGAUAUCCGCCCCACUUGGGGAUUUCCGCCACACCAUGCACAUUGGUCGGGGUGGUGAUGCCUUUGGAGAUACUUCCUUUCUUGCCACCCAAGGCUCCGCCUCAGCAGACUCCUCCAGCCCUGACCCAGCAUCUACAGGGGCAACCACUGACUCUGAGGCACUUCUGAACCAUGAUUCACCAGAUGGUAAUUUUAACACCCCAGAUUCAUACAAGCUACAGCACUCAGAGUCUGUGUCAUCAUUUGACCUGGACCUGGAUCUGGGACCCUCCAUCAUGGGGGAUGUUCUGGGAGUGAUGGAUGGGUUGAGUUUGGACUCCAAUUGGACUACAGCCAACAAUGGGGAUGAGGAGGAGGUCUUCAGUCCCAGCCAAGGCACCCUGGAUAUGGAGAUGGCCGGAGUGGACUCGACUGUAAACUCAAAGAACGAAGUGAACGAGAAGAAGAGGAUGGAGGGUGCAGAUGGAGAAGAAAAUGGAGAGAAGGGCCUGGAUCAGUUAAACGAUGAAAAUGGAUGGAAGGUAAAAGGCCUCAAGCCCAAAGUGAGGUUCAGCGAGAAAAGGGAGGAGAUCAUCGGUCAGUUGGAUGAAGGAGACAGCCAGGAGGUGGAGGGUGAGGAGAUGGAGUGCCCCAGCCCCACAGAAGUGGAGCAUGAGGAAGAUGGCAUGGUGUCUCCUGAGAAGGUGUCAGGAGAAGCAGAGCCUGCCAAUCACAGAGCUGAAUCCCCACCGAGCUCCACCUCAUCUCUCAGUUCCGAAUAUGAGGGAGUUGCCCCAUUGGAUAGAAGGAGGGAAAAUGAGCAGCAGUCAGAGACAGAUUCGGAAGAGGAAGGAGGAGUUGACGGCCAGCGUGGCUACACAUUUGAGGAUGAGUUUGAUGAUGAGAUCGGCCUGUAAAAUGUGAGGAGUUGAUAUCACAGGACCCAAUCAGAGAGGAGAUAGAGUAAGAUCUCUGAUGGGUUGUCAAUCAUGUACAGUAUACUUGUCUAAACAACAAAUUGCAAGAAAGGGAGAUUUAACCAAAGCUUAGUUGAAAGUUCUCUGACACAGCAGCAAUAACAUUUUUUAAAAAUCAUAGUAACACUAAGUUUACAAACCAGUCUCUCCAUAAACAGGAUCUUGAAAGGACAGCAUCUGAACAACUGAGAAAAUACAUUUGUAUAUUCAGGUUAUUCCAGUAACUAAACAUUAGAUACAUCAGCUGUUCUUGUUUCUCUUGUGUAGAUAUUGGAGCAGUCAUAUCAAUACAAAAUGAUAAAAGUCUUACCUGUUGUUUUUAGAAAAUUGUGACACAGUAACAUUUCUCAGAGGGCAGUUUUGGGGCACUUUAGUUUCUUUCAGUGAACUGGAAGUUUCAUGAUCAAUGCUCAGUGGAAAAUACAUGUGUAACAAUUUAAACCAUUCCAAACAAAUAAAGAUGCCUUAAUAGUAUUAUAGUCAUAGCAUUUAAACCAAAGGUUAGUCUAGUUCUAAAGAAAAGAAAACGCAUAAUAAACAUGUAUAGUUUUAUAGUAUGCUAUAUUUGGUGCCUUGAAAAAUGUUUUUUUUUUCUGUAUUCUCCCAUACUCUCUAUUUUUGUACUGAAAGUUGCCUUGGUAUAUUGUACAAAGUGUGUGAUGUGACAGAGUCCACCAUUUAAAAGAUGGACGCAGAGGGUAAAACUUUCUCAUAAUAGCAGGAAUUAUUUCUUGUGAAUGCUGGAAUGCUCCUGGGACAUACCUGUGGGGCACUAUAGGAUAAACCUGUGUACAUUCCUAGUGAUUUACUUUGUCUUUCAAAACAUAACCUUCAUGGGUGAAAUAUGCUUUAAUUGUGCUGAAAAGUUAUUUUUAGUCAAACAUUGUUUUGAGAGCAGUUUUAUCCAAGUACAUAUCAUUUUGGAAACUGUGAAUGGUUUACACAAUUGAACAUUCUGGUGCGUAUUGGCUCUGAAAGCGAUCAUUGUGACUCACCCUGAAUCAUCACUUUUAUGCGAAUGUAGUGUGUCGAGCUGUACAGAGGCUUUUGUGUGCCAACUCACCUCUCCCCAAAAUCUGUACAAAACUUAGCCAUUUUUAAGACAGUAAAACUGUUUAGCUUGGGUUCAUAGUAUGAAGUCAGAUCAGGGCUUUGGUAACAAUGUUAAUAUAAAAUGUUAUUUAAUUUUUUUUUUCAGAUCUGUUAUAUUGGCUAAAUGGUGAGGCUGUGUUGUGUUUAAAGCUAUAUCAAUGGCAAGGCUCUGUGUUGUUUAAAGCUCUAUAUUCUUGGUAACUCACCUAAACUUGUGAUCUUCUAAAAUCUGCCGGUUACAUAAAUAAAUCUUUCUUGCUUCAUAGCUAUAA